AGAGCGGAGUGGAGGCCUCCGCCGCAGCUGCCGCCACGGACCACUUCCUGGGGCCGCUGCGCCGCGGUCAGGCGGCGGGCAGGUGGCGAGUGCGCCCGCCGGCGGGCUCCGGCUCCGGCUCCUCUGUGGCCGCGCGCGCGUCCCGGCUCCCGAGGCCGCCUGGCUCGGCGCCCGGUGCCUUUUGUCUGGUGCAGAGCGGGCGUCGGCUUCCCAUUUCGAGUACCUCGCGCUCCCUUUCGCCUUUCCCGCAGCAGCCUCCCGCGCACAUCGCCUCCCCGCCCGACUGCUGACCUUCGGACCCGAGCCCUAGGGAGUCUCAGCCCCAGCGAUGUCUCCUCUCCAGAAAGUUGCGGUUGCCGCUGCCGCUGCCGAGCGCUGAAACAAAGUCUGGCGGGGCUGCCUCCCGGUGCCCGAGCGCACCGGUGCUCAGCGGCCGGACUCCGCGGCCGGGCGUGCCGCCUCCCCGCCGGGAGUCCGAAACGCGCCUGGCCAUGGCCGAGGGCGCGGCCGGCAGGGAGGGUCCUGCCCCGCCCGACUCGGCUGGGGGCGAAGACGACCCCCGAGUGGGCCCCGAUGCCGGGGACGCCGCAGCGGGGGUCUCCGGCGGCCGGAUGAGGGACCGUCGCAGUGGGGUCGCGCUGCCGGGCGCUGCCGGCGCCCCGGCCGACAGCGAGGCCGGCCUCCUGGAGGCUGCGAAAGCGACCCCCCGGCGCAGUAGCAUCAUCAAGGAUCCUUCAAACCAAAAAUGUGGUGGAAGAAAGAAAACAGUGUCUUUCAGCAGCAUGCCUUCAGAAAAAAAGAUCAGCAGUGCGCAUGACUGUAUCAGCUUCAUGCAGGCCGGCUGUGAGUUGAAGAAAGUCAGGCCAAAUUCUCGCAUUUACAACCGCUUUUUCACUCUGGACACAGACCUCCAAGCUCUUCGAUGGGAACCUUCCAAGAAAGACCUAGAAAAAGCUAAGCUUGAUAUCUCAGCCAUUAAAGAGAUCAGACUGGGGAAGAACACAGAAACAUUUAGAAACAACGGCCUCGCUGACCAGAUUUGUGAGGAUUGUGCCUUUUCUAUACUCCACGGGGAGAACUACGAAUCUCUGGACCUAGUUGCAAAUUCAGCAGAUGUAGCAAACAUCUGGGUGUCUGGGUUGCGGUACCUGGUUUCUCGUAGUAAGCAGCCCCUGGAUUAUAUGGAGGACAACCAGAACACACCAAGAUUCAUGUGGUUGAAGACAGUGUUCGAAGCAGCAGAUAUUGAUGGGAAUGGCAUUAUGUUGGAAGACACAUCUGUAGAGUUAAUAAAACAACUUAACCCUACACUGAAGGAAUCCAAGAUCAGGUUAAAGUUUAAAGAAAUCCAGAAGAGUAAAGAGAAACUAACCACUAGAGUAACAGAAGAAGAAUUUUGUGAAGCAUUUUGUGAACUUUGCACCAGGCCAGAAGUAUAUUUCUUACUUGUCCAGAUAUCUAAAAACAAAGAAUAUUUGGAUGCCAACGAUCUCAUGCUCUUUUUAGAAGCAGAGCAAGGAGUCACCCAUAUCACUGAGGAUAUGUGUUUAGACAUCAUUAGGAGAUAUGAAUUUUCUGAAGAGGGGCGACAAAAAGGAUUUCUUGCAAUUGAUGGAUUUACCCAAUACUUAUUGUCACCAGAAUGUGACAUUUUUGAUCCUGAGCAAAGCAAUGUUGUCCAAGAUAUGACUCAACCCUUAUCUCACUACUACAUCAAUUCCUCUCAUAAUACCUAUCUGAUAGAAGACCAGUUUAGGGGACCAGCUGAUGUCAGUGGGUACGUUAGAGCUUUGAAAAUGGGCUGUCGCAGUAUUGAGCUGGAUGUGAGCGAUGGCUCAGAGAAUGAACCAAUCCUUUGCAAUAGAAAUAACAUGACGACACACCUUUCUUUUCGAAGCGUCAUAGAGGUGAUCAAUAAGUUUGCCUUCAUUGCUUCUGAGUACCCACUCAUUCUCUGCUUGGGGAUUCACUGCUCUGUACCACAGCAAAAGGUCAUGGUACAGCACAUGAAAAAUGUCUUUGGCGAUAAACUCUAUACUGAAGCCCCUUUGUCAUCGGAAUCCUACCUCCCAUCACCUGAAAAAUUGAAAGGAAUGGUCAUCGUGAAAGGAAAGAAAUUGCCUUCGGAUUCAGAUGUGUCAGAAGGAGAAGUCACAGAUGAAGAUGAAGAGGCCGAAAUGUCUCGAAGGAUGUCAGCAGAUUACAACGGCGAGCAGAAGCACAUUUGGCUCUGCAGGGAGCUCUCUGAUUUGGUAUCUAUUUGCAAAUCGGUUCAAUAUAGGGAUUUUGAACUAUCCAUGAAAAGCCAGAAUUAUUGGGAGAUGUGUUCCUUUAGUGAAACAGAGGCCAGCCGAAUUGCGAACGAGUACCCCGAGGAUUUUGUGAACUAUAAUAAGAGGUUUCUAUCCAGGAUCUAUCCGAGUGCCAUGAGGAUCGAUUCCAGUAACUUGAACCCACAAGACUUUUGGAAUUGUGGCUGCCAGAUUGUGGCCAUGAAUUUCCAGACUCCAGGUCCGAUGAUGGACCUGCACACAGGCUGGUUUCUUCAGAAUGGGGGCUGUGGCUACGUGCUGAGGCCGUCUAUCAUGAGAGAUGAAGUUUCUUACUUUAGCGCCAACACCAAGGGUAUUGUCCCCGGGGUGUCUCCUUUGGUUCUGCACAUCAAGAUCAUCAGCGGUCAGAAUUUCCCGAAGCCCAAGGGAGCGUGUGCCAAAGGGGAUGUCAUAGACCCCUAUGUCUGUAUAGAGAUACAUGGCAUCCCAGCCGACUGUUCUGAGCAAAGAACUAAGACGGUGCAAGAGAACAGCGACAACCCCAUUUUUGAUGAAACUUUUGAGUUUCAAGUCAACCUUCCCGAGCUGGCCAUGGUCCGCUUCGUGGUUCUGGAUGAUGACUACAUCGGGGACGAGUUUAUCGGGCAGUACACCAUACCUUUCGAAUGUCUGCAGCCUGGCUACCGCCACGUGCCCCUGCGCUCCUUCGUGGGGGACGUCAUGGAGCACGUCACCCUCUUCGUCCACAUCGCCAUAACCAACCGCAGUGGAGGUGGGAAGGCGCAGAAGCGCAGCCUCUCCGUGAGGAUGGGCAAGAAAGUUCGGGAAUAUACCAUGCUCAGGAAUGUCGGUCUUAAGAUUAUAGAUGACAUCUUCAAAAUAGCAGUUCAUCCCUUAAGAGAAGCCAUAGAUAUGAGAGAAAAUAUGCAGAAUGCCAUAGUGUCUAUUAAGGAACUGUGUGGACUCCCUCCAAUUGCCAGCCUGAAGCAGUGUCUGUUAACCCUGUCCUCUCGUCUCAUCACCAGCGACAACACUCCUUCAGUCUCUCUUAUGAUGAAGGACAGCUUUCCUUACCUGGAGCCUCUGGGUGCAAUUCCAGAAGUGCAGAAGAAGAUGCUGGCUGCUUAUGAUCUGAUGAUUCAAGAGAGCCGGUUUCUCAUAGAAAUGGCAGACUCAGUCCACGAAAAGAUUGUACAGUGUCAGAAAGCAGGGAUGGAAUUCCAUGAAGAACUUCAUAACCUGGGGGCAAAGGAAGGCUUGAAAGGAAGGAAGCUCAACAAGGCAUCAGAGAGCUUUGCUUGGAACAUCACAGUAUUGAAGGGACAAGGAGACCUGCUGAAGAAUGCCAAGAAUGAAGCUCUUGAAAACAUGAAGCAGAUCCAGCUGGCAUGCUUGUCUUGUGGACUGAGUAAAACCCCCAGCAGCAGUGCCGAGGCCAAGGGCAAGAGAAGCCUGGAAGCAAUAGAGGAGAAGGAAAGCAGCGAGGAGAAUGGGAAGCUGUAGCCCCAGACAGUAUUGACCCAUUCACCUGUUCACCUGUCCUUUUCAUCAGGGACUUUGCUUUCACAUUCUUGUUUUCUUCUUUGAAUGGUUUUGGAUGUUCAUAAAAGUGAUUCCCUCUCUAGUGUGUUGACAUAAACAUUUUUUUUCACAUUGUCAGUAUUUUAAUGUAGUUAAUUUAUCUAAGUUAAAACUUGGAGUUGCAGUAUUUUAAUUCUGAGAUGUGUAUAUAUAUAUAUACCCAUAUGUGGAUGCCUAUAAGUGUGUGUGUGUGUGUGAAAGAGAGAGAGAGAGCAAAAGACAGAGAGACAAUGUUCAAAAUCUGUUUUGCAUUAUUCAUUCAUUAAGUUAUUUCUGUAUCUUUGUCAUCAUUUUAGGACAGGUUUCUUAAUCAAAUUGUAAUGAGCACUUACUAUUAUAACUGUUAAUGUGUUUAAUUUUACUUCUCUGCCUUUGUCCUUUAAUUUAGAGAUCUUAGCAUAGCAUACUGUUGAAGUAAACCACAUUUGUCAAAGCAUAGAUGUGUCAUUAGACUCACUAUAGAUUUAAAAAUUCUAAGAACCACAAUAGAAGUAAAAGUGAUCGAAAGAUUAAGCAGUCAGAAUUUAUAGAAAUGUCAGCAAAGUCAUUCUUCAGUCAGCAAGCUCUCUAAAAUAUUUAUUAAAUAAAAUGAAAUUUUAGGAAGUUUUCUCGCAUCAUUUAUGAAAUGUGAUUUCAAUGGAAAAACUGAUGAGAAAUGUAUGUAUACCUACCCAUGUGGUCUCUGAAAAACACCCAAAGCUCUGUAAUUAAGAUAUCAAUGUGGCAAUGACAUUCGGUCAUGGAACUUUUAGAAUUCGUAGAAAGGUCUCAUUCUUUUGAACUGGGAGUCUAACAUUUGUUUGCUAUAACAGAUGUGGAAAGCUAAAAGACUUUUGCUUUAACUGGAUUUAAUAUUGGGUACUGCACUUAAAUUUAAAGCUUAUUCAAGAAGUAUUGUAUCACCAUGUUGAGCUUAUAUAACUUCUGCGAGUCAGAUAACAUCUUUAUGAUGAUUUAAAAAGUAGCUGAUUGGGAGGCAUGGUUCACAUGUUGUAGCACCUGCAUAGCAAGCACAAAGCUCGGAGGUAAACUGCAAUACUGCCAAACAAAUACUGAUUAUAAAACAUCUAUAAUUUUAACAGAAAAAGCAAAUGACUAAUCAGAGUACAUUUAUAAACACAUUUAGAUCAUUUUAACCCUAAUGUCUUCAUAAAGUAUGUGAGUGCAAUGCUGAUUCAUUACCUCCAACAGAACUAAAUGUUCUAUUGUAUGAAAGAAUAUAUUUAUUUAAAACAUUGCUUUUAUUUUGAAAAGCUUCUUAAUUAAUUUGAUUAACAAAUAUGCUAAUCUGGGGGAAUUCGAGAAGAUAAUUGUUGUAAUUUUGCAAAUAUAAACAUCUUCUAUGGCCACUGUGUUAUUUCUUACUACUUAAUACUAUUAUGUUCAUGUUGCACAUUACUGAGAGUAAAGAUAUGGAAAACA